CCCAUCUGCCACAGCUACCAUCCACGCUUAGUCAGCUCGACUUUUAGAGCUCGUGAGGCUCAAAGUCCUGACCUCAUGGAUCGCUUCAACACCACGCGCUACCGCCACCAUGCUCAAUUGACCCUCGACCAAUGUCUCCACUGGUCGCGCGACAAUGGCCACUUCAGAGGGGCGCGCAGGCUGCUGUCCGCACCUUGUAUCGCCCACGACCGCUUCCCCAGCAUGCAGUCGCUGUGACACUACGAUCCUAUGCGGAGAAGAAGUCGUUUAGAAAGAAGCAAACGGUUUUUAUAAAGAAAUCGGUUACAGAUGAUAGUGGAUGUCACGUCACCCCCACCAACAGUGCCAUCAUCAUCCCUACUUUUGUCACCGAUAUUCAACCUAACAACGUCGUGUACCACAUCAAUCCGGUUCUCCCCCAACGCUGGCUCACCGAGACCUUCGCUGUAUUUUUGGUGACUCCGUCUUUCGUGCCAUGGCUUCACGAGGACAAAACUUUCCUUGAGCGAGCUGUCCGUAAGCUCUACAGAUCUAAUACGCCAAAGCUGAGUGCUGUGGAACGAUCAAGCUUCAGGGUGAACGUCCUCUGCGCCGUCGUUGACAAGCUACCUGCAGGGAGGCAUCUGAAAGAAGCCGGUUUAUUCAACGAAGAGCCAUCGCGACGUACUAGGCAGCCACCCGUCUCCGAGGCUGGCUUCGAGGGCAUUGCUUAUGCGACACUGCCCGCCGAUUCUUCUGUACCAAUCACUACACAAUCGCCCUCCGAAACGGGCGCCAUUGACUUCACCUGGUUAGGACGAACGGCCAACUCUGGCUACUAUGCCGACACUUUGCGAUUGCCCCUGGCCAACACUGUCUUCCAGACUGGUACUCUCUCCACUAUGACCCUCUCAACCUGGAGUCUACCUGCGAAGAGCAAUCAACUCGUCUUGGACUCGAAAGUGAACGUCUCAUACCAUACCGUCAAAGUGGCUGGACGAAAUGUGAUUAACAGGGUGGUCACUGCUCUCAGCAUUCCCCUGAUACCCUUGACCCUCCCUCGCCAAGUCGAAGGAUGCAUGGGUAAUAUCAUCCGUCAACUCAUUGGCCCCGAUGAGAUACCCAUCACGGCUUCCUCGGAGCUUGAGCAGGUCGUUCCGCAAUUUUUCAAGUCCCGAGGCGAGCCCGCGCAGGCAACCAGCGCUUGGGCUCUGGUCAUGUCAGCUUCUAUACGAGCGAAAGUGUAUCGCAAAACAAGAAGACUUCUCGCCAAGAACCUGACUUCAAGCGAGAAAGGACCAGACAAGAUUGAUGAGGAUCUCUGGGAUCGUCUUUGGAAAACCGAUCCGCCCAUGUGGAACUCUUUAGUAUCCGCGGCACUUGCAGAAGGUGCGCGUCUCCACCGGGUGCUAAGUGGCGGAGGCGGGUGGGGGAAGAAGGCAGGUUUGUUGUCACUGGAUCCUGUUCCCGUGACCGAUGGUGCGAGUGAGGAUUCGACAAGUACGGCAGACGGUUCUGGGGGCCUUGCAUCAGUUCUGACCCCUGUUGUGCGGGAUGGGGAUUGGAUGCAGUUCUUCAUCUCGCCUACGCCAGCCGCCAAGUCAGAAGCCUCCGAGCUCAACGACCUCGAUGAACUCGCACAGGCGUCGGAGACUGGGUUAUGGGCCUGGGAACUCGGCUGCAUUCCUAGCACCAUGGACUCGCUCCCAGGAGGCUCGUGGCAGCACGCUACUCCUUCCGAUAAAAAGAAAGUCAUCGCCUUCCAGGGCAGCUUCGGUGCCUUGACAGAGAAGGGGUUGACAAUGACGCGUCGCUUUAAGAAAUCGAAAGAAGACGAGAUGCAGGUGGUUGGGGCAACGAUGGUUGACGUGCCCUUUUCGCGCUUCUCGGCCGUGAGGCUGGAAAAGAAUCUGGACAAUUAGUCGAGACGUGAUGCAAAGACCGUGUUGACUACAAUGACUGAUAGAAAUUCAACCCGUGAACGGCUUUUCGUGCACCCGUACCCGAGUUUACUCAGACUUCCUCGUGGCAUUGCUAACCUCCCAAAGCGAGUGUACAACAAAGAAGCUGGUGUUGACACUGUGGGCU